UAUAGUACAGGGUGAACUGAAUUUUCAAAUGACUUUUUGUUUGAUGGGGGGGUGGGGGGUUUGCAUUUUUUCCAUACUGUCAAAACUUUUUUUGGAAUUGGGGUUGUAUAUAAUGUAAUUAUGUGGUAUAAUUUAUUAUUAAGAUAACAAAUAAUAUAUGCAACAGGCACAGGUGAAUAUAAAAGUGCAGAAUUCAAUGUGUAUGAAUGCGAUUUAAAGUACUUAUGGGUUAUACCAUGUUUGUGUUAUGAAUCCUGACAACCCAUCUACAAUUUAUAUGUUUGAGCAAACAGUAUAUUUAAUUCUCUUUCUAGACUGUGCAGUAUGUAGGUAUCUCUACGAAUAAUCAUGUAUUGCAAAACAUAAAGGUAAAAGAGCUGGCUAAUAACAACAGUACUUGUUAGAAAUCAUGUGCAAAUGAGAGGGGAGGUGUUUGGGUUUUUUUUGUUUUUUUUUUUUGGCGAGAAGGUCUCCUUGGGGUUGAGAACACACAUCUUCAUGCUCCCUGACUCAGGUUCAAAGUGUCAGAGUGGUUAACAAGGAGGAUAGCUGCUUUGCAGAGACACACUGAUCCAGCAUCUGAAGGUUAGUGCUUACUAACUUACUAUUUUCUUACAGUUUAGUAUUGAAUUAAUUUUUUACAUUGAUGCUAAUGUUUUUAUUGUUUAGAAAUAAAUCACUGCAUAAAAUGAAAAACAGAAAAAAGUUUAUAUCUACAGUAAUUUGACUUGCUGGUCAUGCACCAUGUAAUAUAUAUGUGAUAAUGCACAGUGUAUAUAUACUUAUUUCUAAACUUAAUCAUAAUUUCACACUCCUUCAGGAGGAAACAAUCAUGGCCUUUGCAGGGAUAUUGAAAGAAGAGGACAUCGCUGCAGCAGUCCAGGCUUGCCUAGAUCCAGGUACCUUCUGUCACAAGUCCUUCUUUGAACAAGUGGGGCUCCUCGGCAAUUCAAAUGGUCAGAAGGUGUUCAAAGUCCUCGACCAAGACAAGAGUGGAUUUAUUGAGGAAGAGGAGCUCAAACUGUUUCUCCAGAACUUCGUGGCAGGAGCCAGAGAGCUGACAGACGCUGAGACCAAAGCUUUCCUGGCUGCUGGAGACUCUGAUGCAGAUGGCAAAAUUGGGAUGCAAGAAUUCUGUGCGCUUCUAAACUGAAACAAUGACAUAUCUACUGUACUGAUGCUGAGCACCUACAAUUUUCUUUCUUACUUAUUCUUACUUAUGUUAUGAGAGUCAUAAUUUUCAGUUGUUACAAUCAGAGUGAUAUCUGAAUUUAAAAAUAUUUAAAUUAAAUG